GCACACACAUUGUCACUAUUUUCUCUGCAGUGAAAAAUGGCCGGCGUCAACGACUGGUUCAGCAUCGGUAGUACGGUGGCAUGUAAAACGUGUUACAAUAAGGAUAUCGAAGGCGAAGUGCUUGCAUUCGAUCCACAAACAAAAAUGCUCAUUCUAAAAUGCCCAUCGUCGAGUAAUCGGGCAUCGUUAAAUGAUGUGCAUAUAGUAAAUUUAUCGAAAGUGUCGGACGUACAUGUUAAACGUGAAGUAAGUCCGACAAUGAGUGAACCACCACAAAGUUUGAAUUUAAAUAGGCUAAAUACACGUGUACGUAAUCAGAUUGAGGAGAAAAAAAGGAUGGUCAAGGCUCUGCAGGCCGGAGUAUCACCCGAGGGCCAAAGGCUUUUUAUUGCAAUUUCAAAAACCAUCAACGAUAUUGUUUGGAAGGGACAGAAUAUUGUCGUUUUUAAUACCGUCACCAUUUAUCCGCCAUAUAAAGUCGACAAUGUUUACAGUAAAGUCGAUGAUCAAGCCUAUAUUCACGUUAAAAAAGUUGUCGAGAAACAUAUGAAGGACAUGGCAGCGGUGGAUGUUCCACAACCGGAACAACAGCAACAACAACAACAGGAACAGGCGCAAAAAGGAGGCAACGCCCAAUAAGAAAAAAAAAACAAAACAAUGUUGUUACGCUGAAAAAGUUGGAGUUUAAUGGAAAAAGGAAAACACACGCUGGCAAACUUUUUCAGCGAAUUCGAAAUCUUGUCAAAACAAGACAACAAAAUUUUUAUUAACUUUAGCGCGAGAAGAAAAACAGAUUUAUAAAUGCGAAAAUAAUCCAAGCCUAAAAAAAAGGGGGGAAAAAAAGAGAAAGUGUGUGAGUGAGUGAAGAAAAUAAUUUGAUCUCAAAAAUCGGGACUUUAAAAAAAAUUCGAAUGAAUUGUCAAUCGGGAAAUUCGAUACAAAAAAAAGUUCGUUCUCUAAAAAAAAAGAAAAUUAAUUCUCCAAUCAAUUGUAUUUACAAAAGAAAUUUUACAAAGAAAAAAAAUUAAUUUUAGACAAAAGAUUAAAUUUCAAAAAGAUAAAAAGUUAUCAAAAUUGUAAAAAAUCAUCAAAUGAAGACAAAAAGAGAAACGAAUCUAAUUUCGCAAUGGGGAGGGAUAAAGAGAGAAUUAGACAAAUCUGAAAGCGCUUGACUGCCAGCAAAGAAUUAAAAAAAAAAUUAGCGAAAAUGCUUUUUUGCAGAUAGGAAAAAAAGAAAGAAAAAAAACCACUGAAUUGUUUUUUUUGCCUCUAUUUUCAGUGGUUUUACGUCACAGUUUUUUUUUGUGUGGAAACAACAAAGUUUCCACUAGGUUUUUUUUUCUUUUUUUUUUUUAAUUUUAUUGUUACGAGGUGAAAAGAAAAAAAAAUAAGACAAAGAUUCGUGAGUUCGGGGGGAUGAAAAAAAGGCCAAUCCGUAUGAAACGGUUUUUAAAGAAAUUUUGAUUUUUAUUAAAUUUUGCAAAUCUCUGUCUAUUUGUAAAGACUGAAAAUUUAUUUUUUGAAAAGA